CUCCCUGAGAGAUCAUCACUAGCAAAACGGCACAAUGUCUUCUACGUGGAUUCACCUACUGGGGCUGCUGGCCCUGUUCCUCUUCGUAACCCUGGCUGCAGGAGAUCCCUUCCCCUUCGACGAGAGACGCCACAGAGGCUGGAACCCGAGGCCUGGAUCAAUGCCGCAGAUUCCCACCACACCGCCCUUUAAUCCUUAUGGAUAGGGCCACUAGUUAAAUAUAAAUAAAAUAUUUAAAUUUCAA